GGCACUUGCUUUUAAACCAGGAGUAGCCGACGGACUGGUGGGGGACAUUAGAGCUGCUCUUGAUCCUCUGUUAGAUCUCACCAGCGUUUCCCCGACUUCUCUCCAUCCCUGAACUUCAUGACUCCAAACGCUGCAGAGAAAAAUACCCAUGGAUCUGUUUUAUUUCCCAAUGACGGACUUUAGAAGCUGAUCAGACUAUUUAUUCCCUAAACCGAGACAUCCGUAAAUAGACUCUAAAAUACAUUUCCCACUUAUUUUUUUUUAAUCCUGACUCUUGGAUUGUUUGUGAUCCCUGACUUUCCUUCUGUCUGUAUAUGUUAACCCAGGGAGAUUAAUAGCCUCAGGGAGGUUUGCUGUUCGGGAGGUGCGAUGAAGGUGCUCUACUGGACCUUCGCGAUCCUCGGCCAGUGGAUUCUGCGAAAGGUGCAAGGACUGGAGAAGCAAGUGACCAAGUCCUUGGAUUACCUGGAAUUGGGGCCAGCUGGCUCCAUGAUGAAAACCAUUCCCUAUGGUAUGGGCAGAGUGGGGGAAGGGGAAGGGGUAAAAGCCAUAGGAGUGAAGCCACCGUACCAGACAUCUGGAAUCUUCUCCACUAUGGACAGCACCCCCUUGAAGUCCAAACCCCCCAGCUACAGCUUUCUGAACCCAUAUGACUUGGCCCGGAACCAGUCGCUCCACUUGGACCAGACAGGCUAUCGCUCCAAGCGCAAACCUUUACUGAAGACAGGUAUGAAAUCCAAGAAGAUAUUUGGCUGGGGGGACUUCUACUUAAACAUCAAGACAAUAAAGUUCAGCCUUAUAGUGACGGGCAAGAUAGUGGACCACGUCAAUGGCACAUUCGGCGUCUAUUUCCGCCACAACUCCUCCAGCUUGGCCAAUGUGUCCAUCAGUAUUGUCCCGCCCUCAAAAGUGGUAGAGUUUGACGUGCUCCACCAGCAGCAGCUCCAUCCUGAUCUCCAACUCCAGCAGCAGCAGCAAUCCACCAUUGACCCCAAAGAGAUAAAGACCUUCAACUGCCGGGUGGAACACCAAAAGACCGACCACAAAGUAAAACCCAAGCCCUGCCUAUACAACCCUUCUGAGAAUUGCUACACAGAACAUACAGAGUCGCAGGCAACCUGGGUGUGUGCCAAACCUUUCAAGGUCAUCUGCAUCUUCAUCUCCUUCUGCGGUAAAGAUUACAAGCUGGUACAGAAGGUAUGUCCGGACUACAACUUCCAGAAUGACCACCCCUACUUUGGAUGAAGGCUGAUGGUUCCAGAAAGGAGCGGCGAGAGACUAUGACAACUCACAGCUGGAAAAUAAUGCUACUGUUGCUAUUAUGUGUAGAAAAUAAUAAAGACAGGAUAUGCAUAUAUGAAAAUGCCCAUUAAAAUGUAUUAAACUGUUGGCUUUGGGUCUUUGUCCAAGUUAACUGGCGACUUAGCAUGCGGUUUUGAAAUAAAUGUCUCAGCACUAAGCGAUGUCAUUGCACACCCAUUAAUGGCACAUGGAAAUGGAAGAGAAUGCAAGCUGUUUAAAAUGAAUAUGUUUCCAAAGACACUAUUAAAGAGACUGUAAAAAAAAGAAGAAAAAACUACUGUUAGUAAUAAGCCAGCUGAUAGAUGAUAUGAAAUAAAGAGAGAACUGAUCUUAUGUGAGAUUCAAAUAAAAUAUGUCUGAUUUAUGCAUUUCUUGUAAAAUAUACUGUCAAAUGAAAUGUAUUUUUGAAUAAUAAUCAACCUUUAUUUGACUACUACUGAUUUUAAUGCAUGCUUUGGAUCCAUUUCUCUUAACCACAAGACUUAAGAUUAAAGAUCAUACAAAAUGCAUAUUUAUUUAUGAAUGUAUACCAUUCACAAAUAAUUUUUUAACUGAAAAACAGAAACAGUAUCAAUAUCCUCUAGUGAAAUCAAGUCAUUUUUAAUAUUAUUAAUUAUUAACACGUUGCAGUUUUAAGGAUUGUUAAUAAAGUGAUGUUUUGCUUUCUUUACCUACCUACCUUUCUACAAAAUCAUUUUUAAGUAUGUUCUCUUGUGUUGGAUAAUAGGGAGGUUUCCCUGCAAUGUUUUAUUAAGUAACCCAGUUAAUGUUCAGUUGAAUCCUCUUUUCUUCAUUUAUUAUUUGAUUGACACCCCUAGAUCUCAAACCCUGGAGCUCUGUUCCAGUGCAGUCCCCUCACAACACCCUGAUAUUGCUACACUUUCUCUCCCGUCUGGA